GGCCUCAGUCACCUUCCUGGGAAACCUUUCCCAUUACCUUCACAGUAAAGAAGGUUGUCCUGACAUCCAGUAUAAACCUACCCUAAUCUUUUUACAUUUUAAUUUUCUAGUGGAACAGCUCGGUUUUCCCUGGGGCAGAAAGGAACAGCACUCAUCGAUGCUAGGUAAGGAGCAGCACAGCCUGCGUUCAGGCUGUCACGAACAACAGCUCUUGCUGUUCCUCAUCUACACCCAUCCUCCGGGUGGAGAGUUUCUGUACCAACGCACCCCAACACCCUUCCUCCUUCAGCACCGCCUUCUCGGCCACCUGUGGGCUAUCUGCUUGCAGCCAGCCGCGAAAGGGAAUUUCCUUCCUUGGAGGAUGAGAAACUCGCCCACCCCGUGUGUCUGGCAGGCAAUGCCCCAUGCCCGGCUCCUGUCGCCGCCACCCCCGGGAGGCGGAGCCCAGGAAGCGGCCACCGGAGGGACAGUCUGAGCCGCUCCGCUCCGCUGCCAGGAGCUGCCCCGGACCAUGGCCCGACCCGGAACCCCUGGAGGAUACGAUGUGCUGAUUGUGCACGGCAGUGACGCCAGGGAGUGGUGUCAGUACCUCCAGAACCUCUUCCUCUUCACUCGCCACCUCCGAAAGCAUCGGAUCCUGGGCUACCAGCUGGAGGGGGAGGUUGCCCUCUCCCCCCAGGAGCUGGACCUCUUCCACAGGAGUCGGAGCAUCAUCCUCCUGCUGUCUGCUGAGCUGGUGCAGAGUUUUUAUCUCCCUCCUGUCCUGCAGAGCCUGCAGGAGGCUCUGUGGCCCCCCUACAAAGUCGUCAAGCUGUUCUGUGGUGUUACGGACUCUGAGGACUACUCCACCUUUUUCAAGGACUGGUCUCAGUGGCAAGAACUCACAAAUGAUGAUGAGCCCGAUGCUUACCUUGCAGCUGUCAAGAAGGCAAUUUCAGAAGACUCGGGCUGUGACUCUGUGACCGAUACAGAGCCAGAGGAGGAGAAGAACCCGGUGCAGUCCCGCCGAGUGGCCAUGGGGGAGGAACACGGAUCAUCCCGGAGCAGUGGGAGCCCCCCGGUGGUGCAGCCUGGCCGCAUACGCUGUGGGGUGCAGACAACACUUUAUAUCAUCAUGAAAUGUAAACUAGAUGGGGAAGUGAAAACAGAAGUUGAAUUCUCUCCAGAGAACUCCUCACCUGUGCGUGUGCUGGCUGAGGUGCAGAACGAGUACACAGUCUCUGUGGAGGCUCCAAAUUUGACCUCUGGGACAGUGCCUCUGCAGAUAUAUUCAGGGGACCUGCUGGUGGGAGAAACAAGUGUCACCUAUUACACUGACAUGGAGGAAAUCAGCAGCCUCUUGGCUAGUGCAGCCAACCCAGUGCAGUUCAUGUGCCAGGCCUUUAAAAUUGUGCCAUACAGCAUAGAAGCACUGGACAAACUGCUGACUGAAUCACUCAAGAAGAACAUUCCUGCCAGUGGCUUACACCUGUUUGGGAUCAACCAGCUGGAAGAAGAAGAUAUGACAACAAAUCAGAGGGAUGAGGAGUUGCCAACACUGCUGCACUUCUCUGCAAGAUACGGGCUGAAGAACCUCACUGCCCUGCUGCUCACAUGUCCUGGGGCCCUGCAGGCCUACAGUGUAGCCAACAACUGUGGCCACUACCCCAACACCCUGGCAGAGAAACAUGGCUUUAGGGACCUCCGCCAGUUCAUCGAUGAGUACGUGGAAACUGCAGAUAUGCUGAAGAGCCACAUUAAGGAAGAGCUGAUGCAAGGGGAGGAGGAUGAGGCUAUUUAUGAGUCCAUGGCUCAUCUAUCCACUGAUCUGUUAAUGAAACGUUCCUUGAAUCCUGGCUCAGAUGAAGAGCUGUAUGAAUCCAUGGCUGGAUUUGUCCCUGGUGCCCCAGAAGAUCUUUAUGUGGAGAUGCUGCAGUACAAACCAGACUCUCCAGCUGCCAGAGAUGAAGGGUCUGUGACUACAAAAGACUCCAUGCUCCGCAAGUUUUUGGAAGGGAGUAGCAUGGAUGUGCCAGAUCCAGGGGAAGGAGAGUACCAGCAGUAUGGUGAAGAUGUUUACUACUCAGUGGAAAAAGACACUCUCCCACAAGAAAUGGCUAACAGACCUCCAGUUCCUGUUCCAAGACCAGAAUCCAGCUCUUCCCAGCCAGACAACGAGCUGUACAUCUCCAAAAUUUUUGCACAGAAAGCUCAAAGACCUGAGAAUCUCUAUGUCCCUGGAGGAGGGGUCAGGACAGAGACACCAGUCAGGCCUGUAAGGGACCUGUCUCAGUCCAGCAUAUAUGAUCCAUUUGCUGGCAUGAAAACCCCAGGUCAGAGGCAGCUGAUCACACUGCAGGAGCAGGUGAAGAUGGGCAUGCUCACUGUUGAUGAAGCUGUGCUGCAUUUCAAGGAGUGGCAACUGAACCAGAAGAAGAGAUCAGAAUCAUUUCGUUUCCAGCAGGAAAACCUGAAGCGGCUGCGAGACAGCAUCACCAGGAGGCAGCUGGAGAAGCAGAAGAAAGACAGAAAUGCAGAUCUGGAGAUCACAGUGCCCAUUCGACAUUCCCACCAUCCCUCAGGGAGACCUGAGUGUGGAAUAUACGAGUACACCCCCAGGAAAAGCAUCAUCCCACCAAAAAAGGAGCUAAAGAGAGGAGACUGGAAAACUGAGAGCACAUCCAGCACAACAAGUAGUGCGAGCAACCGCUCCAGCACCCGGAGCAUCCUGAGUGUCAGCAGUGGCAUGGAAGGGGACAGUGAGGACAAUGAAGUCCCAGAUGCCAGCAGAGGCCACAGCCCCGUGUCCCAGCAAGCAGAGAGGCUGCCUUUGCCUUUCCCUGAGAGGCCUCCCAGAGUGCCUCCUCGAGGUGCAAGCAGGCCUGUGAGCUGUGAGAGCUUUUAUCCUCCACCUGUGCCCCCACGAGGUCGCUGAAUCUCCCACCACCUGUGCAACAGGAGAUUUUUCUCUUUGUGUGCAUCUCUGUACAGAUACUUUUUGGGUUGCCUUAAGUUAUUUAAUAGAGGAAGACAGAUGUUUUCCUCCCCUUCCUCCUCCCUAAAGCUCUGGUGCCUUUUCCCAGGGUUUUCACUGAGACUUCUUGGCCCUCUGUAACUUUUUUACUCGGAAGAAUUCUGGAGCUUUGGGACUUCCAAGAGAAAGCACCAUGGUUGGGAAGGAGGGUGCUGGUGUGUGUCCUGGCAGCCAUGCACCAACAUGAACCAAACCCCUGGCCUUCCAGAAAACAAAUCCUGAGAAGCCUGACUGGGAAUCAUGCUUGGAAAAAAGGGAAGGAAAUCAGGAGCUGCAGGACUUUGUUUGAAGGAGAUGAGCAGGAGGCUGCACUGCUGCUGGUGUGCCCCUUUGGGUAUGCACAUACUGACCUUCCAGGAGGUGUAGAGUCAGUCAUUCAAACACAAGAAGUUGUGUUUAUUCAGGGCUGUGUUUUGCACACACCUUGAAGCUCCUUUCCCUUUUCCCUGAGGACAGACAAGGACAGGCUGCUGUGUCCAGCCUUUGUUAUUUAUUCUAUG